GAAAACACGUUUAAGGGUGUAAGAUGUGUUUGCAUCACGUGAUGCCACUAAGGUGUGUACCAAGUGGAAUGCUGAAGGUCAACCAAUAGGAGAGUCUGCUGGUUUAUUAGCAGGAUUUUUGGGUGAAAUUGUAAGCAACUUCAGUAAUUUCCCUAUAAUGUACGAGACUUGGAAAAAGGUUCAAAAAGAUUACAAAAACAAUCUUUAUAAAGAAACUAUAAAGGAAGAAUUUGAUGUUAAUGAUCAAGAGCAUAAAAAAUAUAUCUUAGCUAGCUUGGGAAAGAAAUGGAGGGACACUCGAUGUAGGUUGUUUCACAAAAAUUAUAAUUGGGAGAUUUCUGUGGAAGAAAACUGUCAAAUGCACCCACCAGAGAUUGACCCAAACUAUCGGAGGCUUUUUGUACAAUUUAGGACGAGUCCUAAACAAAUGGACAUAUCUGAUAAAAAUGCAGCAAACCGUGAAAAGUUAUUGAUCCCACAUACUCUAGGAUCAAAGACAUUAGCAAGAAAAAGGGAUGAGUUGGAAGUGCAAUAUGGACGACAUUAUAGUAGAGGAGAUAUGUAUCCUAUUGCUCAUAAAAAGAAGGAUGGAUCGUUUGUGAAUGAAGAUGCUAGACAAAAAUAUGAACAAUUGCAUAAUGAAAUUCAAGAUACUUCUCCUGAGAAUGAGGCAUUCUUGAAAGUGUUUGGAAAGGAGCAUCCCGGAUAUGUUCGAGGCAUGGGACUCGAGGUUACUCCGACUCAAAUCAUUGGAUCAUAUUCUUCCUAUACGAGGUCUGGAUCUUCAUCAAAUGCAGCCACGAUAGCACAAUUGCAAUUAGCUUUCCUUAUGCAAAUUGUUAAAGUAAAUCAGGAAGCUGAAUUGGAAUCACCAGCAGAUUUGAGACGUUCUUCUGAGUCUAGCCAUGUUCCUGAAGAUAAUGGAGCGAUGGACUAUUUAGAGAUUUGCUUCAAUUUUA